AUGAAUCCAAAAGAAUUUAUUGGCUUAGAAGAAGCUAAUAUAAAUAAUGCAAAAGAAUUCGAACAGCUUGUUAAAGAAGCUCAAGAGGAAUCAGAGGAAGAAAUUACACCAGAAUCAAUACAGAGAAAUAUAAGUUUAAAUCAACCUCCCAUUCCCAAAGUUGUCAACAUUGUUGCAUGUGUAGAUUACGGAUGCAAACUUGACCUUCUUAAGAUUACAUCUUCAACAAGAAAUUCAGAAUAUAAUCCGAUUCGUUUCCCUGCUGCUACGCUAAGGAACAAAGAACCAAAAGCCACAGCUUUAGCUUUUAAAAACGGAAAAGUUAAUAUCGUAGGAUGUAAAAGCGCUGAUAUAGCAUUAAAAGCUGCACGUUGCUUUGGUAGAUUAUUCAAAAAUAUCGGCAUUAAAGACGUUAAAAUCAAAUCAUUCUCAAUAGCUAACAUGGUUGCAACAAUGGACUGCAAAUUCCCGAUACAUCUUGAAUCAAUUGCUUCAUCGCCUGGUCAUAUUAAAUUUGCUACAUACAAUCCUGAAAUUUAUGCAGGUUUGAUUUAUAGAUUGGCUAGUCCAAAGACGACUUUAAUGAUAUACGUUUCAGGUAAAAUUAUUAUCACUGGAGCUAAAUCAGAAGAAGAAUUAAAAGCCGCAUCUGCAUUUAUUUAUCCUAUUCUUAGAUUGUUUGCUAGCACAGAACCGCCAGCUGCUUAA